AUGUUCAUUGCUCGUUCCGAAUAUGAAGGUCGUUUGUUCCAGGUCGAAUAUUCUCUUGAAGCUAUCAAGUUAGGAUCCACAGCGAUUGGUGUUGCAACUUCGGAGGGUGUUAUUCUUGGCGUCGAAAAGCGUGUCACAUCUACUCUUCUGGAAGCGUCAUCUGUAGAGAAGAUCGUUGAGAUUGACCAGCAUAUCGGUUGUGCCAUGUCCGGUCUGCAGGCCGACGCCCGAAACCUUGUGGAGCACGCCCGCGUUGAAUGCCAAAACCAUGCCUUCCACUACGCCGAGCCUCUGCGCGUUGAGAGUACCACACAGGCUAUUUGCGACUUGGCUUUGCGCUUCGGAGAGAGCGGCGAUGAUGAGGAGAGUGUGAUGAGCAGACCGUUCGGUGUGGCUUUGUUAAUUGCCGGAUGUGACGAGGAUGGUCCUCAGCUGUACCCCUCGGGUACUUUCUACCGAUACGAUGCUAAGGCUAUUGGCUCCGGAAGCGAAGGCGCCCAGGCCGAGCUGCAAAACGAAUACCAUCGAUCUUUGACCCUGCCAGAAGCUGAGACUCUGGUUCUGAAGACACUGAAGCAGGUCAUGGAGGAGAAGCUGGACUCAAAGAACGUUCAACUCGCAAGUGUGACCAAGGAGAAGGGAUUCCGCAUCUACAAUGACGAGGAUAUGGGCCGGGCUGUGGCACAGCUGGGUGGCAACCAAUAA